AUGGCACAUCUGAGUGAAAGACAUGGGGAUGCCACACGACGACGCGGCGAGUUGAUGCGAGAGCGAAUGCAACUACUGGCAGUCCGCACGAACUAUUCAGAUGCUUUCCACCGCUUACGUCGCAGCUCUACGGUCUCAGCCGCGCCCUCGACUGCAGUUGUUGCUGUUAACAACCCACUAGCUUGCAAUAGUACCGGUGUAUCUGGUCGAGACCGCUCGUACUCGCAUCAUCCGCGACGCACAACCGAAGAAACGGCAGAGUUUAGUCGCCAAUGCGAGCAGCGUGUAGCUCUAACUAGAGAGAAGGAGAUUCAAGCUCAACGACGAGCACUAGCAUGUGAACAAGAGCGCCAAGCUCGCAGUCAACUUGCAGGUGAAGCUGCGCCUGCUCAAGCGGCUCUACGACUUCGAGAACGUCGAGAGAAACAACGUCGCACUGCUGAGGCCGAGUUGGAAGCGCUAGUUGAUCAGCAAGAAUCUUUGCUCGAGGCGAUGAACAUUGCGCGGAUGUUGUCACCUCGAUUCCAAGAGCACGUGAACUUUACACCUGCAGUUGCAAAAUAUUCCGCUGAAGACGAACGUGUCAAGCUGCUCCUCUCAACGUCACGAAUUGGCUCCUACUAUCAGUAAUUUUUUAAGUCAGCAAUAAAUUUCAUGAUAUUUA